UGAAAUCAUGUUAGAACAGAGAUACAAAGAUAAGUUAUCUCUGGGCUGGGCUUAAAAUGGGCUUAAUGAUGUAAGUGUUACUCUCUUUAUAAAUCAUUGUGCAACAAAUCUGAGCAAGCUUUCGGGAACUAGACUCAGACUAAGGAGUUCAUUGUAAAAUAUCUUGUUUCACUUCCCAGAGACUGUUGUUCUCAUUGCUUCCCAGCAGUUUAAUCGACUCUUUUCGCUAAGUUGUUAAUACAAGUUCAAUCUCCUUGCUACAGUCUGUAGAAGAACAAGAGGACAAAAAAAUGGAGAACAGAAGAAAAGUGCUUGUUGUUGCAAUAAUUUUCACAGUUGCCUGCAACAAAGUGACCACACAGGAAACAAGACUACUGGAUUUUCUAAAUAACACAGAUGUUGUAGAUGACCAGUACAAAGGAUGUCGUGAAGAGGCCAUGAAGAGGUUCAUAGAGUCAGACGUGUUAAAACGAGAACUAAAUAACAGUGAAGGAUUUCAGAAAGCGUGGAAUAAAAGUAUUGAAUGUUCAAAGCAGAUCCCAGGAGGAAGAAAAGAGCAUAGUGCUGCACUUUCAGUCUAUCUGAAUGGGGAUCGAUCGUUCAUACAAACAGUGAACAAAGCAAUAGAGACAAUGGGUGGAAAUGUUAGCAUCUAUGAAAACCACUUCCACUUCAAGUCUCUUCAUUUCCUGCUGAUGGACUCCAUGAGGCUACUGAAGCCAAAGGAGUGCAAGAACUUUUAUGUUUUUCAAGAUGGUGAAAACCAACCACAGAAAGGCUCCACAGUGAGAUUUCCAAGUUUCACCUUAGCUUAUUCAGAUUAUGAAGAGCUAAAGAGAUUUGAAGAUGUCAAUGAGAAUACUAUUUUAAAUCUCACUUCUUGCUUCUUUGUCAACCUGAGAGACUAUGUGUGCGGUCAAGAACAGGAUGAAAUACUCUUAUCUCCAGCAGAAGUUUUCACUGUGGAACAAGUGGAAACAAAAACUACAUCAGAUGGUGACGAAUACCUUGAGAUUGAUUUAAGCCACUCAGGACUGAACAGCUCACACAACUGUUACAUCUUUCCACGGAGGUCAGGAGGGCAAGAGACUACCACAGCUGUCACAGAGCAAGUCAGUGUUCCAGGAGUGCAUGAGACUACCACAGUUGUCACAGACCGAAACAGGUCUAGUCCAGCUGCUGUCUCCACCCUGUGGCUUGUAUCAGUGCUUGCGGCCUUAUCUUUGUUUUCUUUAGCUGUUUAGCAAAAACAGUUAUCAUUCAGAGUUUCAGAUUUUUAUCAUCUACAGUAUUGCUGUGAUUCUUCAUAUAAUUAUUUGACACGUUAUCUGACUGAUUGUGUUGAAUUAGUAGCAGUAAUUUUCUGCUUCUGUCAUAUGUUAUGAAUUAUAGACUGCAUGACUUCAGAAUAUUUGAUAAAGAUUUUAAAGGGGUGCAGAAAGUUAGUAAAUGGUAAAUGGCCUGUAUUUGUAUAGCGCUUUUACAUAGUAUACAGAAAAAUAUACAGAAAAAUCACACAGUUCACACGGCACAUGCUUCCGGCAGCUAACAGUAACUACAUCAGCAAGCACACUUGAAUUUACAUGUACAAACAUGAAACACAGGUAACAUAUUAACACCUUCAACAACAGUGUCACUAAAACAGAUUUAAAGACAUUAAAAUCAGUAAAGCAACAUUACUUUUAACAGUGAAGUUAAUCACAGCCCCUGAGAAACAGUGCACCUCACUACAUAGAGCAUGUUUGUGUGAGUAAACAAAGACAUGAACAUUUUAGUGCUGUCAAUAGAUUAAAAGAAUAACUAAUUAAUCGCACAAUUUUCUGUAAUUAAUUUUGAUUAAUCGCAAUUACUUGAUCAAUAGCCUGGUUGCAAUUACUUUUUUUAAAACUUUAUAUUUAAGCUUGUAACUGACGUUUAUGCAAUAUAAUGGAGUAAAU